AUGGGCUUUUUAUACGUCCUUCUGGUAACUAGCUGGGGCCAGAAGUGCUUACAAUACAGCGAUCAUCCUAACUUGACCACCAAGACACAAGGAGCCAACUCCGAUAAUUGGCAAGAUUUAAUCCCCCACCGGUCUGGUGCCAUCAGCUUUGCUCAUCUUUUGAAGCAUCCUUCGGCGGUGGAAACGGAUCCUUCUCCCAAUCUAGCAAGCAGUUGCCGCAGAACCGCCGAUCAAGGGCCGGGAAUCAGGAAAACAACCAAAAGAAUAUUGCACAAGCGCUCAAACGCCGCCUUAAAAUGUUUGGCACUGGAUACCACUUUUGAAAGCGUUGCCAACUUUGUGGGGAGGAGUGCGCAAGCCAGAGAGGAUAUCUCUGUUAAAGGCUUACGUCAACUGCAAUCGCCUCUAUCAUCGAAUUCAGGAAAUGAUUCGAAAAAUAAUCGCUUGAGCCACUUCGUUCAUGAAUACUCUCCCGAGGAAGAGAACAGUAAUUCACAACUGACUUCAAAGACCCCCCAAUGGGAGCGUUUGGGAGACUAUAUAGAUGAAAUGAAGUUGGAAAACUAUCAAAAAUGUCUUACCAACUUGAAAGGUGCUUCUUUGGUUCUCCACAAAGAGAAUCGAGAUGAAUGGAAAGCGCAGGAAGCCUACCGGGCUGACGAGGAGGACAUGAAAGCAUUUUUCGAGCAAAUGACGCCGAACUUCAAGCUUAGAGCGUUAUUUGAGCUCUAUAAUUUCCUUAUUGAUAGAUCUCUAUCGGACCAAGAGAUCUGGUGGUCACAAGAAGACUACAUAGAGCUGCAAAAGAAAUGUGAAUAUCAGUCUGACGAUGUCCACCUUACCAUCCGGAUCGGCGAUCUAAUUCUACCUCAUCUCUCAAAAAUAGAGACUGAGUUAAGUGCGGAAGAGAUGGAUCAAGUUAGGACACAGUUUUUCGAGCUCUUCAAAACCUUCAAGCAACCUGAAAAGUCAUACGACAAGAAAUGGACUACUGGAGCCGGAAGAAAGUGGCUUAGCGAACGUUUCUCAAAAAUUAGUAAUGAUGAGACUCGCUAUCCCAACCUUAUGAAAUACCUUGGCGCUGAGUCUGAGCCACAUGAGUGGAAGAAAUCUUUAGAAAAGUUGGUCCCAAACCUGGACGCCAAGGGAUGGGCCCCAUCGUCUAUGAAAUUUAAUUGGCUCGAGCAUGGCUUUGAGGAGGAUGAAAUGGAAGAGCUAAUAUGCAUGGUAGAGGCUUACAAAACUUCUAAUGUCAAAGCAGCAUACAGUUACGCACAAGCUUCGCAAACGGCUGAGGAGAAAAAUUUGUCGUUACUGCCGCUUGCUUAUUCCGAUAAAAACAUGAUGAAGAGAUUUCUGGAACUAAAUCGGUCUUUGUCAAAUCAGUCCAAGAAACGGAUGCUGAUGCUCAAAUGGAUUUCAGAAAAUCUCUAUACCCACGAUCAGAUAGACGUAUCAAUUUUGAACUUAGGAAAAUACACUGCCAACACUGGUUAUGACCGUCUGGAUUAA